AUGGGGGGUAUUUCCUUUAAAAGUUGUUCAAGGAAGCCUGUUCGGUCUGCUACAUUGCCUUGCAGAAGAACACAUGAUCCAAACACGGAUAGAAUCGAGAAAUUGCUGAAUAAAGUCAAGACAUGGGAGUCAUCCAAUCCAUCCGCAGAGAUGAUUUGCAGCGGUUUCUCUUACCUUACAGCCAUGUACGAAUGUUUGGAGGAUCUUUUCAACUCAAAUCUGUCUCAUACCAUGAAUUGGACAGACGAGGUACUCGAUAUAUCUGUCAACUUGUUGGACAUUUGCAGCAAUACAACUCAAGUCAUGUCUCAGACAAAACAGCAAGUGAGAGAUUUUGGGUGUGAUCUAAGGAGAAAUGGAGGGUGCACCACUGAAACCAUCAGUGCCAAACACAUUCAAUUCAGAUAUAAAUUGAAAAAAGACAUCAAAGGAUCACUGGCUAGCCUAAAGCAAGUGGAUAACAUGAUCCAUGGCCGCCUCUUCGCCAUAGAUUCCGAAAACUACCAUUUGAUGUGUGUGUUCAGAGAGGUUACAUCAUUCAGCACUGUCGUUUUUCGGUUCUUGCUUGAAUUCUUGGGUGUGAGGAGAGGGCGAACAGGUAGGUGGAAAGCCGUCUCAAGAUUUCUAUCCGGUAGUAGUAAAGUGGUACCUGAAGACAAAGCCGAUACAAACGUGAAUGAAUUGCAACGCCUUGAUGGGUACUGUUCCAGUGAGAAACAUGAAUUCAUUCAAGUUGUACCAAUGAACCUAGAGGCAGUGGAGGCGACUCUUGAAGGCAUCAACUCUCACCUACAUCUAUUGUCAAGGCGCCUUAUUUUAACCAGAGUCUCUAUUCUUAACAUGGUCUCUAUUUACUAG